GUGAUUUGGCUUUUUUAUACAGAAUUGGUGAUACUAUUCAAUCUCAAGGUGGUGGCGAAAUUUCUUUUUGUUUAAAUGGAAUGUCCGACGAAAUUUCUAUUCCAUUUAAUCAAUUGACCGGAUUCAAAAUCACUAAUGAUGGGAAAAUUAAUUUAAGACUUAAACCGAAUUUUCAAAGAACUUAUCGUCUUCAUCUUGGUGGUUAUCCCUAUCUUUUAGAACCAACUAUUUCUACUUCGGAUCCGACUAAUGGAAAACUUCAUGCUUUACAUUCUCUUCUGUUGGCUCCUGACCGUUCCGGAAAACUUUCUAUAUUGACCGAUAUUGAAAUUGCAAUUGAAAAAUUAUGGUUCAGAAGACAUGGUGUUCAUAACGAACUUGUUAAAGAUACACUCUCCUACCCAAUUGAUUUUCCAUAUCACAGAUUAUUAUUAGAUCUUGAAACUAGAUUUAAUUUACCUGCUAGUAAUAUUAAUCUUAGAUUUAAGAAUAGUCGUGGUGAUAUGAUUGGAUUAAAAGAUGAAGAAACUUGGAGAUUAGCGAAAAGUGAAGCUUAUAGUAAAAAUUUAAUUAGAUUAACUAUUUAUAUUUGGUGA